AGCGCUCCGCCCUCAGCAUGGCGGCGGCGGCAGAGAGCGGCAGGCACCGGGCCUGCUUCGUGCUGGGUGCCUCUGGGGAAACGGGCCGGGUACUGCUGCGGGAACUGCUGGCCCGGCAGCUCUUCACUCGGGUGACUUUGGUCGGACGGCGCCGGCUGAGCUUGAGCGAGGAGACGGGAGCGACCGUGGAGCAGGCGGUGGUGGACUUUGAGCGUCUGAACGAGCACGCUGCUGCCUUCCGGGGACACGACGUCGGUUUCUGCUGCCUGGGCACCACCAGGGCCAAGGCCGGCGCAGAUGGCUUUGUCCGUGUGGACCGGGACUACGUGGCCCAGGCAGCAGAGCUGGCGCGGGCAGGGGGCUGCAAGCACUUUGUUCUGCAGUCCUCCCGGGGGGCAGACCCCGGCAGCCGCUUCCUCUACCUCCGUGUGAAGGGAGAAGUGGAGAACCUGGUCCAGGCUGUUGGUUUUGAUCGCUGCACCAUUCUCCGGCCGGCGGUGCUGCUGUGCAAGCGUCAGGAGUCCCGCCCUCUGGAGUGGGUGGUCCAGAAGUUCCUGGGUGUUUUGGCUCGGGUCUUCCCCACUGCUUACUCUGUGCCUGUGGAAACAGUGGCCAGGGCUAUGGUGGCCACGGUGCUGCAGCCAGGCAAGGGGAGGGUGGAGGUGCUGGAGAAUGGGACCAUUCAUGAGCUGGGAAAGGCAGUGCCAGAGCAGGGCACGUAGAGCAAAAGGGAAGGGCAGGAAAAGAGCUUGGCUCACCAUUCAUAUGUCUCCUGGGCCCAGUACGGACACGUUUGUGGAUGAGGAGUGGGGUGCUUGCAUGGCUAAUGUGGAGGUAGAGGUGCACUUCUUUGCAUGACUGCUGAUUCUCCCAAGUGAUGAUAAAAAGCAGGUGCUGGCUGGUGGAUAAGGAGAAAUGUGCUCUGCUCUCUGGAUCCAGCAGGCAAAUCCAAGUAAAACUGGUGCAAUCCUGGGAAUUUCUUGAAUUCAGGCCUUAAAUAAAAUCCUU